UAUGCAGCCGGUGAAGUGAGCGGGGUUUCUCAAGUCAACCGGCAGGGGGCGCUCUGCCGCGGGUCUGCUACCUUAAGACAUGACGGCGACUGGACUUUUUGACACCAACACGAGAGGGGCUAAAGCCACUUAUCUUCGAAACGAAAUUGAACAAAGUCGACUAUGAACAAUGUAGGACGUCGUGUGAGGUGCAUGCGGCCCACCGUGCCGCCUCUCUCCAACAGGACCCUGCACCACCCGUCUUUCCUGCCUGUGUACAUGGCUACAGAGUCCCACCAUCACACCGACUGGAACAACCAAACCGUCCAUCCCAUCAUCCCAGCGGAGUUCUUCUACACUGACCCCACCACGAGCUGUGGGAGGAGGAUCCCCAACAAAGUGAGUGAGUUGAGGGUUUCAGAUUGCUUCCAGCUCAACACUCCGCCACCAGUUAUGUCCGCCUGCCCAGCUCCACCAACCCGCCCAGACCCAUUCAGAUCAGAAGCACACCCCACCAGGGAUCUGGGCAGCCUUACCUUGAAAAGAAAAACUAUCCACCCUCCAGUGCAACCAAGCCGUGUUAUCCUCCAGCUUACCCAGGAGGAGGACCAGGCCAUUACUAACCUCCUUAAACUGCACCACCAACAGUCUGUACAUAGUGAUCAGACCCUUGCUGCUCUGCAAAUGGUCUCUUCCAGUGUAGAGUUGAACCCCAUCUCAUUCCUUCACCCUGACCUUAUGGACUCCACUUCACCUGAGGAAGUAUACAAACCCUUCUGUAGUGAUGAGCAGUAUUCACGGCAACAGGGGAAGUCUUGGUCGGAUAUGGAGCUUGAGGCAGCUAACGCGCUUCUGAGUUGUUUGAUGGAGAAGGAAAUCUGGGGCCAAAACCCCAGUAAAUCAGCAUUAACACUUUCAGACACUUUGCUUUGCCAGCAGCACAAGGAUUCAUCAAGAAGCAGUGAACCCCCAAAAGGAUCUGAGACUUUCUCUGUAUUAACUGCUGAUUGUACCCAAAACAACACGGACCACACUGGCUUUAGUUGUGCCAGGGACUAUGGAGAACCAGGCUGGGGGGGUUUUGGUUUUGUGAUGGGAAGGAGUGAUGUUCACCUGCCUGUUUUUGAGAAAAAAACACAGGUUGCCUCUGGCAACUUUUUAGAAAUAAAGGAGCGUACGCUCUCAGAUUCUGAGGGAGAUGCUGUGGAAGUACUCCUGAGCCUCAGGGACAUGGGAGCGUUGGAUACCAUGCAGUCAUUGUCUUAAACUUGAGGGUCUUGUCCCUGGGUUUGUUUGUAAGGGAUGUUACUAUCUCUUUCUUAUUAUGGAAACAACUAGUUGAGGGUUCUUUGCACUAGUUGCUCUGAAAGUAAGUUUACUUUCUUAGGAUGAGAAGUUAAAAAUCUAUCCAAGUAUUGCACCUUUGCCUUGUAAUUUCCUUAAUAUUGAAUCAGUGUUUAACAAAAAUGAUCAACACUUGAGCCUUGAGCUAAAAAGAGCUUUUUUUUAUUAAAAGCACUACGCAUUGUUUUUGAAAUAGAAUCCUACCAACUCAUUAUUUACAACAUAGUACAUUUACAGCAUAUCCACAAAUGAGAUCCCAUCUUUACUGACAAGCUGCAGGGGGAGCUACAGUAUCAUUCCACAAUGGUUACUGACAAAAGCUAACAAGCGUCUGAAUGGCAGUACAGCUCAGCACACAGUUGCUCUCCUAUUCAUAACUCUUGGGCUUGAUAUGAGCCUGACUGAAGUCCUGGUGUGUAAUUCUGAGUUUAUUCAAAGGCACUUCCUGAUUGUUUUUUUAAAUGUUAACACUGUUGAAUUUCAGUAAGUAUGUGUUUUUACAAGAUUCUUGUAUCAUAAACAAGUUAUCCUGUAUUUUGGCCACCUUUAGUGACAAGAUAGGCUGUUGUGCAUGGCAGGAAU